UCUCAAAGCCACAUACUCUUACCAACAUGGCACACCACCCUCUUGUCUUCCCCGAAUUAAGCAAAAGGAAACAGAACAACCCAAACAAAGACUCAGCGAACCACACCAUCUUUCCGAGCAGCGGCUCGUUUCUAUCCGGAGCUUUACCAUUUCCGGUCAGUAAUGGCCGCUGUUCGCUUCCUCCUCCCCUUCCUCCCUUUGAUACCCCUUCUCUUAACCCUUUCUCUUCCCACCCUUUGUUUCUCUCAAUCAGAUGUAGAUAAUCUCAUUAAGCUCAAGAGAUCUUUGUCACAAGGUGAUCUGAAUAGUUGGAAACCAGGGUCCUCUCCUUGCCAGCAAAAGUGGGUUGGUGUCAUGUGUUCUGGACAGACCAUUGUUGGCCUUCAUUUGACAGGCUUACAUCUUGCAGGACCAGUCGACGUUCAAGCUUUGCUUCAACUUCGUGGCUUGAGAACCAUCAGCUUAGUUAGGAACUCCUUCACAGGUCCAACCCCGGAAUUUAAUAAACUUGGCGCUUUAAAGGCUAUAUACUUAUCUCACAAUCAGUUUAGCGGUGAGAUACCAAAUGAUUACUUUGCAUCGAUGGGAUCUUUGAAGAAAGUUUGGCUAAAUGAUAACAAACUCACAGGAAAAAUUCCCGAGUCCUUAAUGCAACUACCCCAUCUCGUAGAACUCCAUCUAGAGGGCAAUCAAUUCUCAGGACAAAUCCCACCAUUGAAAUUUCCGAAUGUACUUACUUCCCUUAACCUAACCCGUAACAACCUGGAGGGAGAAAUCCCAGCAAGUUUCUCCAAGUUCAAUGCCUCUUCAUUCAAAGAAAACGAAGGACUUUGUGGGAAACCACUGGGGAUAGAUUGCGACAAAGUUCGACAAUCAGGAGCUUCAAAACCAUCAGGCCAAAACCAAGGAUCUGGUUCCAGCGCCAAGGUAGUCAUUGGCAUCGCAACCUUAAUUAUUUUACUGUUGUUUGUGAUAGUCUCUAUCAUUUCCGCAAGGCGUAGGAGGGACGAUGACUUCAGCGUGCUAGGUAAGGAACCUCUAAGAGAGGAGGUAGUGGAAGUGCACGUACCUGAAUCAACCCGCCGAAAGCCUUCAGAGUCAAGCCGCAGGGGUAGUUCUGACUCGAAGAGAGGCUCCUCGCAUCAUGGCAGUAAGAAUGGGAUGACUGACUUGGUCAUGGUGAAUGAUGCGAAAGAAGCCUUUGGGUUGCAAGAUUUGAUGAAGGCAGCCGCGGAGGUGCUUGGAAAUGGCGGGUUAGGCUCUGCAUACAAGGCUGUGAUGGCAAAUGGAUUGGCCGUGGUAGUGAAGCGAAUGAGGGAGAUGAAUAGGUUGGGAAAAGAUGGGUUUGAUGCUGAAAUGAGGCGGUUUGGGAAAUUAAGGCACCCGAAUAUCUUGACGCCAUUGGCAUACCAUUUUCGAAGAGAGGAGAAGCUUAUUGUUUCCGAAUACAUGCCUAAGGGCAGCUUGUUAUACGUCUUGCAUGGUGAUCGAGGAAUCAUUCAUGCUAAUCUGAAUUGGCCGACCCGUCUGAAGAUCAUCCACGGAAUCGCUCGUGGACUCAGUUUCAUUUAUACAGAGUUUGCAACAUACGAGGUCCCCCAUGGAAAUCUAAAAUCCAGUAAUGUUCUUUUAACUGAAAAUUAUGAUCCGUUACUAAGUGACUAUGCCUUUCAACCAUUGACAAACUCCAGCAAUGCUGCCCAAGGAUUGUUUGCUUACAAAUCCCCUGAAUAUGUUCAGUACCAGCAAGUCUCUCCAAAAUCAGACGUUUAUUGCCUAGGAAUUAUCAUUCUGGAAAUCAUCACAGGGAAAUUCCCUUCUCAAUAUCUAAGCAAUGGCAAGGGUGGGACUGAUAUCGUGCAAUGGGUACAAACAUCAAUAACUGAUCAGAACCAAGUGGAAGAAUUGAUUGAUCCUGAGAUAGCAAAGGAUACAGGUUCACUCAAUCAGAUGCUGCAACUUCUCCAAAUUGGAGCUGCUUGCACUGAAGGUAACCCUGAUCAGCGGCUACACAUGAAGGAAGCCAUUAGGAGGAUAGAAGAGGUAAAUUAAUCUUGAGGCAGGCCUGUUUGCUGUAGGUGAGUCAGAAAAAAGAAAAGGGUAGCUGAGGUUGCCAGCAAAGAUCAAGAUCCACGCUCAGACGCUCAUCAUGAAACACUACAGAGAGGCAUCGAAGAAAUAUCAGUCCCAAGGAAUAAACAAGAAUGAUCUUUGUCGUUGGCAUCUUCAUAACGACCCAACAAUGAGCGUUUGUGCAUAGCAAUUUUUUUUUUCCCGAAAGAAAUCGCAUUUUCAUUUUGUUAAAAACUUAGGAUAAGUUAUCUUCAAAGUGAAGAAGUUUUCAAAAAAUGAUUAGGAUAUAAUCUUAGUCAUGUAUUUUUUUUUUCCAUUUUGAUUUUGGAAGAACGCUCAAUUUGAAUAGCAUUGUAAUAUUGUUGAUAUGUUUGUUUGUAAAUGCAAAAAUGAGCCAUUUUCAUAGAA